GACAGCACUGCGUCGCCAUCGUGGAACUCGAGGAUGGGGCCAGAAAAGCACGUUCGGUGGCGCGGGGGCACGCCACCCUCGCCAUUGCACUUGUGGCAAAACACGGCCACGACCUUGCCCCGUGGCACGACACCUCUUUUGGAAACAAAUUCGAGACCGAGGACGCCGACCUCUACACGAACAUCCCUGGGGCUUCGGGCUACUACCUUCACGGCCGAGACGACCCCCAGGACCACCACGGCUACCACGAGCCCCUGGCGACCAUCCCGCACAUGAUCCGGGACUAUGUGAGCAUCAAGGAGCCCAUGAAGUUCGGCAUCUACCACACCCUCGUCGCGUACCAGACCCCCGUGACCGACCUCAAAGCUUGGGACGAGAUGGCCGAGAUGUUGCACCGCUCCUUUGGCACCUCUAGCUCGAGACCGUUUUAUGUGGAUCCAGCUGGGGAGGAUCCAGUGCGUCCAAACCCCGACACAAAGGAGGACACCGCCAGGGCCGCCUUCCUGAUGUUUGCCGACGGCAGCCGCGCCGUUGAAGUCGAGGACCUCAACUUGGUGCAGCAGCCGAAGCAGAGGUUCGCUAAGGCAGUGAGGUAUGCUAUUUUGGCGUACGGGGAUUUGCUGGAAGAUGACGCGGGCCCUCAGCCAGACGCCCCUCCGGAAGUACCCGUGGCAGGGCUCCCGACCGACGUCAGCUUCCCCGGGCUGGCAGCGACGGUGCCAGUCGAAGUGCGAGCUGCUUCGCUUGUGGCCGUGCAGACUGGCAACCCAAGCGACCUCUUCUUGCAGGCCAUCAGGAAGCUGAGGGUCGAGGCGGAUAUCUUUUACACUCGUGACCUUCGAGGCCGCAGCGUCAUCGUUCUUGGCGUGGUGGCCCUGGAGCGAAUCUGGCUUCGACCGUUCGGCCUCAUGACCCAGAUUGUCGUGGAUCCCGACGGCACCUUUCAAGGCGCGUUUGAGGAGCGGCUUCGCUCCCACGGAGUCCUGGUCAGCUACUGCGCAGCUGACGCGCACUGGCAGAUCGGCCAGGUCGAAAGACAGAACGCUUUUCUUCGAACGGUCCUCGAGAAGAUGACCGAGACCUUUGCCGCCACCGACGUCGACCAGAUGCAGCUCAUCCUGGCACCUUCUUUGCGCGCCGUGAACUCGAUGGUGCUGACUCGGGGCAGAAGCGCUUACCAGGCUGUUUUUGGCCGUGUUCCCCGACUUCCUGGAGGCCUCUUCACCGACGGCUUCGCGUUGGCAAACACUCCGACCACCGAUGCCGCCGCCUCUGCCGAGAUCGUCCGAUCCGAGGCCAUUAAAGCCAUCAGCGAGCUCAACACUAAGCAGAGUUUGAGGAGGGCCUUGCUCAGAAAGACAAGACACGUUCAGGUCGCUGAUCUGCAGCCUGGGCAACCAUGCGCCUACUGGCGAUGGAGAAAGCGUGGCAUUAAGAAGCGUGGUGGUUGGGUCACUGCCAAGUUCUUGAGUUGGGACCCGAGCUCGCCUGGGAAAUUGGCCUGGGUACGCUCCGGCACUUCGACGGCAAUGGUGGCAAUCGAGCAGCUGAGGGUUGCCACUGGAUUCGAGGCCUGGGUUCCCACCGAGGAGGAGGUGACGAUGCUGAAGGAUGCGGCCAAGAGCUUGGACCAAACCUUGUGGUCCGACGACACCGGACCACCUCCUCCUGAACGACAACUUCAAGACGAACCCGUCGACGUCGACCUCGAGCUUCUCGACUCCACGACUCCCGAGCUGGUGGCAGCGAACGUGGCAGCACCCCCGACGCCGCCACCUGGACCUCAGCAGGAGCAGUGCACGGCGGGCUACUUCUGUGCCACGGACGCCACGAGCAACUUCGGCACCACGGACUCCCAGAGCAGCCCUGCCUCCAAAACCACCAGCGGCCAUAGCAGCGGCCCAGGAGACCACAACCUGUGCCACACGAGCCUGCAGACGCACUUCCGGACACAGACCAAGCGGGCACCGACCACUCCAGUUACUGACAGCUUGAGCUCCAACACGGGCGAGAACCUCUUGCCGGCCAAGCGCCCCUUUGACGCGCUGGUCAGCCUGUUCUACGAGGACGGCAACACCCACCGGUGUUCUCCUGGAGACUCCCUGGACCAAGGUUUCGGCCCACGACCUGAGCUGUUCUACCAAGCUUACCUCAGCUCUCCUCACCGACAGGACGACGUCCACGGCACCACCAAGGCCGAGAUCCCCUGGCGCAAAAUCUUGGAGAUGGACACCGCCUCUAUCGAAGUGUUCAAGAAGGCCACCCUGAAGGAGGCACAGAGUUGGAAGGACUGGGGCUCCGUCAAGGAGCUCUCCCACGAGGAGGCCCAGCGCGUUCUCAAGGACAAGAUCCUCUCCCGACGCAUCUUGAGAACAAGGAGCUGCUUUCGAGACAAGAGCCGCGGACUCACCGAACUCAUGUGUAGGGUGGUCGCGCUCGGACACAAGGACCCGGCGGGCCACAACAAGGAGUUCUGCGACACCGGCCUCGCCUGGAAAGCAUGGAGCGGUGACGCAAGCACUGCGUUCCUCCAGGGGGACAUCUCUGCCUCGGAGCGCGACCAGCCUUUGUACCUGCUGCCGCCCACCGAUGGCAUCACCGCCAUGACCGAUUGCUGGAAGGCCCCUCUUUACCUGGUGUGUACCAACAUUUACGGCCUCAGCAACGCCCCCAGGCUGUGGUCACUGACGGUGAUCUCGCGCCUCAAAGAGGUUGGCUACCGGCAGCACUCCUUCGACAAGAUGGUUUUCCUUAAGUUCCACGGCGACCAGCUUGUUUCCAUGAUUAUUGUCUACGUGGACGAUUUCAUCGGAACCUACCGCGAGGACUACGACAUCACCGAGGUCACCAACGCGUUCCGCUGGGGCGCCCUCCAGGAGUUCGAGAUCGGCAAGACGGUGACCUUCAAGGGCAAACAGCUCACCCUCAAGGCGCGCCCUUCUGGACGCAUCUUGCUCCACGUGUGCCAGCGCGAGUUCAUCGAAGGCCUGACUCCUGGAAAGAUUCCCAGAGGGAGCAACAUGGAACGCCACCUCACGGUGGAGGAGCGAGCCGAGUUCAGAAGCGUGGCCGGAUGCCUCCAGUGGCUCAGUGGACAGUGUCGACCCGAGCUGGCUGCCGUCAACAGUUUGGCCAACCACGGGGCAAACACCACUUUGGGGGACCUUCGCGACCUCUACCAGGCCGUUGACUUCGCUCGCGAGACAAAGGACCACGGCUUCAUCAUCCCCGACGUCCCCGUGAACAAGGCAACGGUGAUCCUGGCCUACUCGGACGCAAGCUGGGCUAAUGCCGAAGAGAGCCGGUCCCAGUGCGGCGUGUUGAUCACUUUGUGCUCGGCAGCUGUUCUCCAGAAGACCGUGCCGGCCAUGGUGGUGGAUUGGAAGUCUUCCCGCUCGCAGAGGGUGUGCCGUUCGACUCUGGCGGCCGAGAGCUGCGCAGCCGACGAGGCAUGUGACCGGAGUGCCUAUGUGAACAUGUUUCUUGGGGAGCUUUUGUACAGCGUUCCUGCCCAGCGCGUCGGAAGUCGUAUGCAUAACAUAUCGGUUACCGAUGCCAAAAGCUUGUACGACGUUGUGGUCAGUGACUCCCCCAACCUCAGUGAUAAAAGAUCACUGGUGAACAUCAGGGCCAUUCAGGAGGUAGUGUCAGCUGAGCGGUUCCACUGGAUACCAACCUCACUUAUGUGGGCCGACGCCCUAACCAAGCAAAGCUUGGAGUUGCAGCUCAGCAUGCACGACUGGCUACAGGAACCAACAGCCGCCUUGAAGCAGUAG